UUAGAAAAAAUUAAAAGGGGAAAAUUAAAGAAGGGAAUGAAAGGAAAGAAAGCGGAGACGGUGGACUUCUAGGCCUCACCGCGAGCGUAUUGGGUAAUUUCAUUCGUCCCCAAAUUGAUUUUCUUCGCACUUCAGAUUUGCAGCGGAUUAUCGGAUCAGGGUUUCGAGUAGAAUUCGGGGGCGAGGAAAUUUUGACUGAAAAGUUCGGUUUGAUUUGAAGAAUUGAACUUUUGGAGCGUGUCGACUCUAAAAUUUUAGAAAUGGAGGGUGCGGAACAGUGGAAGGUUCAGGUGGAGCAAUUGAAAGUCCAUAUGGAGCAUUGGCUAGAACAAGGCUUGGAGCUUGUUCACCAAAUACCCCCAAUUCAACUCUACGUUGGGGUUGCUGUGUUGUUAUUUACCACUUUGCUUCUUUUAUUGACUCGCUUGUUUAACCGCAGAAAAUCGAACAUCAUUCUACUCAGUGGGCUCAGUGGAAGUGGGAAAACUGUUCUUUUUUAUCAACUUCGUGAUGGUUCGUCUCAUCAGGGUACUGUUACAUCAAUGGAACCUAAUGAGGGUACUUUUGUGCUUCAUUCUGAAAUAACGAAGAAGGACAAACUGAAGCCUGUUCAUCUUGUUGAUGUUCCUGGGCAUUCUCGCCUUCGAGCCAAACUAGAUGAAUUUCUGCCUCAAGCAGCUGGUGUAGUCUUUGUGGUGGAUGCUUUGGAUUUUUUGCCCAACUGUCGUGCAGCUUCAGAGUACCUCUAUGACAUCCUGACUAAUGCGAGUGUUGUGAAGAAGAAAAUCCCUGUUCUGAUACUAUGCAACAAAGCAGACAAGGUGACAGCCCACACAAAGGAGUUUAUUAACAAGCAAAUGGAAAAAGAGAUCGACAAGUUACGAGUAUCAAGAAGUGCAAUCUCAGAUGCUGAUAUCUCAAAUGACUUCACACUAGGAGUACCUGGAAAAGCUUUUUCGUUCACACAGUGCCAUAACAAAGUAACAGUUGCUGAAGCCUCUGGUUUGAAGGGCGAAGUAUCUGAGGUGGAGCAAUUUAUAAGGGAAAACGUGUAGCUGUAUAUCCGAGUCUACAUAAUGAUUGGUGUCUUUUUCACCCUUUCAGUAUGAACUCCCAAAUUUGUACUUGAAUUGCCAUUUUGAGACUUCUGAAUUGCAUACCAAUUUUUUUAGUGUCUAAAGACAGUAGGAACCAAUUCUUUAUUCCUUUUCAA